AUUAUUAUUGCAUUCGUGAGGAUUGCCGGUCCUGCACACACACGCUGCCAAGCCGCGAUGGACCUCGUUCGCCGCUUCGACGAGCUGUGUGAAUCCGUGGACGAAGAGACCCGGAAUGCCUUCCAUCGAUCCAUCGAAGUGCUCAACCGAGCCAUCGAUAUCCUAUCCCUGGAACGCAUGUGCUUCAGCUUCAAUGGCGGUAAAGAUUCCACGGUCGUGUUGCACCUGUUGCGGUUGGUGCUAGCAAAGCGCGCGCUGGUCAGUCAUCCUGGCGCGUCCGAAGAAGAGUUUGACGCUGCGUAUCGAUCGCUGCUCCAUCAACUUCCCGUGAUGUACUUUGACACACCCGAUCAGUUCCCGCAAGUGACCGAUUUCAUCCACCAUUGCAUCCACACGUACGGGUUCCAGUGCGAAAUGCAGACUAGCAGCUACGUGCAGGGCAUCCAGUCCAUCAUUUCCAAGCGCAAAACGCAAGCGUUCGUCAUGGGGGUCCGCAGGGGUGACCCAGGAACCGAAGAUCUCGAGCACUUUUCUCCCAGUUCCACCGGGUGGCCAGCGUUUUUCCGCGUGAAUCCCAUCUUGCAGUGGCGAUACGACUACGUGUGGCUGUUCCUUCGAAAACUCAAGCUCGAGUAUUGCAUGCUGUACGACCAAGGCUACACGUCGCUUGGCAGCGUCCACAACACCGAGCGGAACCCAGAAUUGGUGCAUAUCAACGACAGCGGAGACACGGAAUACUGGCCUGCGUAUAAGCUCCUCGACAACGAGUCUGAACGAUGCGGUCGUGCCUCCAAAUACUAAUAACGUGACCGAUCAGUGAUCCGCCAAAAUUUAGAUUUU